GCGCCGAAUUAUUACUCCAUCUCCAUGUAUUGUUAAAUCCCUUCGCAGCCGUUUUGCCAGCACACUACACAGUACACUGAUCGUGUACUGUAAAUAUCUCUCUCUCUCUCUCUCUCUCUCUCUCUCAAAAUCUAUCUAGUCGCCGGGAAAAUGUCUCAACGCAAAUGGUCGUCUUCUUCUGAACUCUCCAUGUCUCUUCCAGCCAAUGCCAUUGGCUCUUAAACCCCCAAUUAUAAGCUUCGGGUCUUCCACUUCCGGACUCUUCAGCUAAAAUUCGCAGCAGAGCUCGCAUAUACACAAGCUAGGGUUCGUCCCGCACCCGCCGCCGAUCCUCAUGGCAUUUUCGUGAGCAAUGGCGGCGUAUUCUGGAGGCUUACCAACUCCAAUCGGUCUGAAACUGGUGAGUAGACUCCACUUGUCUCCUCUUCCUUGGUCUGGACUCGAGUCGAAGAAGAGGAGGAGGACAGAAUGCGGUUGUUCGGUGGGCCCGAUUCGGAGAACCACUGCGAAGAAGAGUGUGGAGAAUGCCGAGGAACGGCGCUUCGAUUCGAAAAAGAGCACUCGCAGGGCUCGAGUCCAAGCUACGACCGCAUUGCCAUUUGCAUCCCCUCAAUCUCGGUUUGUUUCCAAACAAGAAAAAUUCUAUCCCCGAUGUACCCCAAGAAGCUCUGGUCCGCAGUCCCGUGAUAUUCCACCUAAAAGAGAUACCGGUAUUGCAAAUGAAAAGGAUUGGGGAAUCCAUCCGAUAAAUGAAAAUAUCACCGACUCUGGUACUAAUGAAGAUGGCAGCAAAUGGUAUCGAAAAAGUGGAGAGGAUCUUGGCGAAAAUGGGUACAGAUGUAGAUGGACAAGGAUGGGUGGUCAAAGCCAUGAUGGCUCCUCAGAAUGGAAAGAAAUGUGGUGGGAGAAAAGUGACUGGACAGGAUACAAAGAGCUUGGUGUGGAAAAAUCAGGAAGGAAUGCCGAAGGGGAUUCAUGGUGGGAAACAUGGCAAGAAGUUCUUCACCAAGAUGAAUGGAGUGACCUUGCUAGGAUAGAAAGGAGUGCCCAGAAACAAGCAAAAUCAGGGGAAAAUGCUGGAUGGUAUGAAAAAUGGUGGGAGAAAUAUGAUGCUAAAGGAUGGACUGAGAAAGGGGCACAUAAGUAUGGCAGACUGGAUGAACAAUCCUGGUGGGAGAAGUGGGGAGAGCAUUAUGAUGGACGAGGAUCUGUUCUAAAAUGGACAGACAAGUGGGCUGAGACUGAACUUGGAACCAAAUGGGGAGACAAGUGGGAAGAUAAGUUUUUUGCUGGAAUAGGUUCACGUCAAGGGGAGACAUGGCAUGUAAUGCCCAGUGGUGAUCGUUGGUCUAGGAACUGGGGAGAGGAUCACUUGGGAAAUGGUAAGGUGCACAAAUAUGGUAAGAGCACAACGGGUGAAAGCUGGGAUAUUGUUGCGGAUGAAGAAACUUACUACGAGGCUGAACCUCAUUACGGAUGGGCAGACGUGGUGGGUGAUUCAAGUCAGUUGCUAUCCAUUGAACCUCAGGAGAGGCCACCUAACGUCUUCCCAAAUAUUGAUUUUGGGUCAUCUCCACCACCUCCAGACAAUGUCCCACCAUCACAGUGACAAGCUGGUAUUUUACAAAUCGUUUUUAGGAAGUUCUUGUAAUCAUUGUGAUCAAAUUUUGCAGCUCAUGAACUCUUGUUGGAACAUUUGUGCCAAACUAUCGAUCUUCAAUUCCAUUCGUAUCCAACCCCCCCGCUCAUCAGUGCAUCUAAGGGCUGAAGGUUGUAAAUUCAGUAUUGGUUUUACGUUGUAUGAAUAUGUAGUUUCUGCUCUUUUCAUUUU